CAAGAGCAUGCUUAAGACUUUUGGUUACAUUAGACUAAUAAGUGGAUAAGCCCUUUGAUCAGUUAUCACUACUACGAAUUCUGAUAUUGCCUGAAAGAUACCAUAAUCUCUAUUAAAAUAGCAGUAAAAUCCUGUUUGAACUCACAUUGACAUGGCUAGCUUCAGCAGCUACAUUACGUUUGUACUUGUGCUGCCAUUUUUACUCUUCUCCAAUGUUUCUAUGUCACAGUCGAUUAUCAAGACUCUUCCAGGAUUUUCUGGCGAUCUCCCCUUCAAGCUCGAAACUGGGUAUAUUGGAGUGGGAGAGUCAGAGAGAGUGCAACUAUUCUACUACUUCAUUGAAUCUGAGAGGAAUCCAAAAGACGAUCCUCUUGUACUUUGGCUAACCGGUGGUCCUGGUUGUUCUGCUUUAUCUGGCCUUAUCUAUGAAAUUGGUCCAUUUACUUUCAACUAUGCAAAUUCCAGUGGAUACAAACCGACGUUGAUGUUGAAUCCAUAUUCAUGGACAAAGGUAGCCAGCUUUAUAUUUUUGGACCAACCUGUUGGUACUGGUUUCUCAUAUUCAACAACUUCUGAUGGCUAUUAUAUUGGUGACAUUUCCUCAGCGGCACAAACCUCUGAAUUUAUAAGAAAGUGGCUUAUGAAUCACCCUGAGUUCCUCACAAAUCCUCUUUAUAUAGCUGGUGAUUCUUACUCAGGCAUGACUGUUCCAGUAAUUCUUCAAGACCUAUCAAAUGGCACUGAGAUUGGACAGCAGCCACCACCACCCAAUAUCCAGGGAUAUAUAUUAGGCAAUCCAUUUACAGAUGUAAAGUAUGACUUGAAUUCCAGAAUCAUAUUUGCUCAUCGCAAGGCGCUUUUGUCAAAUAGUCUCUAUCAGUCAACCAAAAGGAACUGCAAUGGGGAAUACAUGCGUCCAGAUCCAACCAAUGCAGCAUGUUUGUCUGAUCUUCAAGCUGUCACUACGUGCCUCAAUAAGAUAAACAACCCACAAGUUCUGGAACCAAAGUGCAACACAUUGUCCCCAAAACCAAAAAGAUCAAUGUGGGAUCAUAGUUCUCUGGCAGAGAGUUCUUUAGAUGCCGUCCUUUCCACACCUAAAGCUGCUGAUGGACCAUGGUGUCGGAACUACAAUUAUCUCCUAUCAUAUACCUGGGCCAAUGACAAAACUGUCCAAAGAGCUCUUCAUGUUCGAAAGGGGACAAUUAAGGAGUGGGAGAGAUGCAAUACCAGCUUAUGCUAUGGACAUGACCUUAUAUCUAGUAUUGACUAUGAACGAAACCUCACCAAGAAAAACUACCGAGCUUUGAUCUACAGUGGUGACCAUGACAUGGUUAUUCCAUAUGUUGGUACACAAGAAUGGAUUGAAUCUUUGGGCUUGCCUGUCAGCAAUGACUGGAAGCCAUGGUAUGUGGAUGGUCAGGUUGCAGGAUACACAGUGACAUAUGCGGAGAAAAAAUACACUUUGACAUACGUGACUGUCAAGGGAGCCGGCCAUACUGCACCAGAAUACAAGCCUAAGGAAUGCCUUGCCAUGAUUGAUAGGUGGUUUGCUCAUUUUCCUCUUUAAAGCAUUUUAACUAGUGCAUUUAAUACUAGUGAGCUCAAUCCUUUGUUUUAAUGGUGUUUACCUUCAUGUUACUCUGUAGUGACAUUGUGACAUUACAUGUAUGUGAACGCCAAAUAAUUGCCCAAUUUAAAC